UGUUUUUGCUCUCUCUUCGCCGCUCAAGCUAAGAGAACAGCCAGUUUACACCGUAAUUAACCGCAUCUUUAUUUCGCUCCGCCGAAGCAGACUGGUUCCCAGUCUCCACUUAUUUGUUACCCUGAGGUGAUAAAAGACUGGUUAGGGUUGCGGGGUAUCCUGGGAAGAAUGAAAAAUGGAUAAAGGAUUAGUCUUCCCUUGAUGCAAUGCGUUGUCAUCCAUUCUUUCUCGAUUCUAGGAGCGAGUCUGUCGAAACGCUAAAUUUUACCAUCGAUAAAAGGAAAUAACAAAAAUACUCAUAUGAAGGCGAAUAUUAUUGAAAAGCCGUUAUAUUUGAACGUAAAAUUCAUCCAUUUUAGACGUGCCUAAUUACCUUGUUGACAUAUUUAUUACAGGUUGAUUACAAGACGGUGGAUCAGCGGCAUCAACAGAAGUGGACAGGUUUGCUCCCCAGACCGCUCGCCGAUUAUUUAGCGAACCUGUUCACCGCCGUCCUUCCUGAGUACCGGCCCAACCCCUGUUUGGUCUUACCGAUAUCAGAUAAGGACAAGACUGAUUAACAAGCAUAGUAGCAGUUGUGGGAGAAAGAGCUUAUGGCGGUUAUGCCGGUUACGAAACGAGAUUUUGUCCCUUUGGAACCGUUCGUUCACCAAGUUGGAGGGCAUUCCUCCAUGAUGAAAUUUGACGAUGUUUCAGUUUGCAAGCCCUUAAAUCAACGAGAGCAUCGCUUUUACGAAGAGCUGCCAUCAGAGAUGCACCCAUUUACACCGGAAUAUCGAGGGGUGGUUUAUGUGAGCUUUAAAGAAGACGAGGAUGGUUACAUUCAUCUGACCGCUCAUCCAGACAAGUUGGCCUUAGAAUGUCAGAAUAAAGAAGGUUCAUCUAAAUACAGUUGUAACUCUAGUUCUGACAGCGACAGCAGUGGGGAAGACUUGUUAGGGUCACCGCAAAGGAGGUCUCGACGGAUUGGUUUUGUUGAAACAGUGGAUAAAGGUCCACACAGAGUACGACUUCGGAGUGGAAAGCUAGAAUUAGUGAGCAGUAGAAAGGAUGGUUUAUUUGAUGCUGGAGAUAUGCCAGAACAUUCUGCAGAUAAUGCCUCCCACGGGUGGCCUGAGAUUGGGAACUGCACAAGCUCCUAUGCCAGAUGGAACAACACUUAUGGAAGUGCAGGUGCAAACCCUUGGAGUUUGCAUUGUCACAAAGAAGAGUUAAACAAAAUGAGAGCGUUGGGUUCAUCAUCUAAAACACAUAAGUUUAUUGUUUUGGAGAAUGUGGCUUACCAAUUUUCUAAUCCUUGUAUUCUGGACUUAAAAAUGGGAACACGGCAACAUGGAGAUGACGCAACUGGUGAGAAGAGGGACAGACUAAUGGCUAAAGUUGAAAAAUCCACAUCAAAAACACUUGGAAUCAGGGCAUGUGGUAUGCAGGUGUAUAAGCAGAAUUCAGGAAGGUUUAUGUGCCGAAACAAAUACUAUGGAUUAAAGUUGUGUGAAGAAGGUUUUAAGGAAGAACUCAUUACUUUUCUUCACAAUGGACAACAGUUUAGAACAGAGUUGAUAGAACCUUUACUUCAUAAGCUUCGAAAGCUUCACAAAGUUAUAGAGAAGCAACACUCUUUUCGUUUUUACUCAAGCUCACUGCUCUUAAUGUAUGAAGGACACAUUGAUGAGACAACAAACAGUUGUUGCUGUUCUGCCAAAGAGCAAGAAAAUGGUCGAAGCAAGCAGGAUCAAGUUAGUCGCAAUAACAGCUCAAGUCAUUUGAACAAGAGUUGUCAGUGCCCCAGUCAUCGUUGUAAGGUUGACGUGCGCAUGAUUGAUUUUGCUCACACGACGCACAGUGGUUUCUCAGGGGAUCGAACUCGAACUGGACCUGACACGGGUUAUUUGUUUGGCUUAAGGAACCUGAUAAGACUUCUAGAUGAGAUCCAAGAGAAUUACCACAAAUCUCCUGGUGAAUUAGAAGAAGUAAUAAUUAAUGCCGAUAAAAGCCAAGUAAAUUAAGGUAUUUUAUGACAUAGAGGGUUUGUAUCAAAUGAUGAUAACAAAGUUGAAUAAAUGCUGUGCUAAUAUUUCUCUAGACAAUGCACACAAA